AUAGUCCUUUUGAUUCCAUUUAUUCCUUUCUUGAGUUUGAGUUACCCCAUUCACCAAACUAAACCAGUCGAUCACCCAGCAUUAAUUGAGCACUUGGUAAUCUGUAUCAUCAGGUUGUUGUUUCGUUUGUAAGUAGUAUAAUUUAAUGGCGGAUUGGGGUCCUGUAGUCAUAGCAGUGGUCCUGUUCGUGCUGCUAACUCCUGGUUUGCUGUUUCAGUUGCCAGGGAGAAACAAAGUGGUGGAGUUUGGGAACAUGCAAACAAGUGGCGUGUCUAUCUUGGUCCACACUAUCAUCUUCUUUGGCCUCAUAACCAUCUUUCUUAUUGCUAUUGGUGUGCAUAUAAACACUGGUUAAUUAAUCAGUAAAGUAAUCACCCCCUUCAGUCACCAUAUUUCUUUCCUCUUUUUUUUUUCAUUUUAUUCUUAAUUUAUGAAUAAUAUUAUGUACACACCUCUUGGAGAGGUGGAAAGAGGUGGAAGGAAGAGAGAGAUAGGAAGAAAAGAAAAAAUAAGAGAGAGAAAGUAUGAGAUGUGAUAGAUGAUAAGAGGAGAGAGAUAGAAAUAAAAAGAGGUGAAAAUAGAGUGUUUAAAAAAUGAAGUGUGUAUAUAUCAUUACUCUUAAUUUAUGGUUGUGAUUUGAAUUUA